UCGAAAUUUUCCGUAUUAAAAGCCGGCGACGUAAAUACUUGUCGGCGAAGGUCUUUGUACGCAACUCGUAAAAAAGAGAAAAAUUAUAAGAAAAUUUUAUUGGAAAAAAUUACAAAACGAUAACAAAUUCAAUAGCGAUUUGCAGUAAAAACUUAGAAGAACUGAAAUCCAAACGAAAUUUGUCAAUAAACAAUAACGAUUUAAAGAAAAAAACAGUGUUAAGAAAAGAAAUCAAAGAAAAGUCUUCUCGACAAAAAAGAGUGUUACACUUGUAUUGUCAGUCAGUCCGGUUGAAAUAGUCACACUCGCAGCAAGCAGAGCCAGCGGCAGAGAACGAAAAACAGACAUCAUAAUAAGAAGAAGGUAAAAGACCACUGCACCACAAAGGCACACACAGAGAAAGAAACAGCAACGACGACCACGAAGAAGAAGACUACUACAACGUUGUGAAAAAGAAGACACCCUUAAAAAAAAAACAACACCAAGGAAAACAUAAAGAGACACAAAUUAUUGUAAAGGUUUUCUAAAUUUUAGUUAAUCUUUGUGCAAAACUAAACAACAAACAGUUUUUUUCUUUACCCGGUUUUUUAAACAUCCAUCACCAUUCGCAGCAUCAUGCCUUUGUUUGGUAAAUCACAAAAGACACCUGCUGAACUGGUCAAGUCCUUAAAGGAGGCGAUCAAUGCUCUGGAAACUGGUGGUGAUCGAAAGGUGGAGAAGGCCCAGGAGGAUGUUAGUAAAAAUCUUGUGAGUAUAAAGAAUAUGCUGUAUGGAAGUUCAGACUCUGAACCACCGGCCGACUAUGUAGUCGCUCAAUUGUCUCAGGAAUUGUACAAUAGCAAUUUGUUGCUAUUGUUGAUACAAAAUCUACAACGUAUCGACUUUGAGGGUAAGAAACAUGUGGCUUUGAUAUUCAACAAUGUCUUGAGGAGACAAAUUGGCACAAGAUCCCCCACGGUGGAAUAUAUUUGUACGAAACCGGAAAUUUUAUUCACUCUGAUGGCCGGCUACGAAGAUGCCCACCCGGAGAUUGCUUUAAAUUCGGGCACUAUGCUGAGAGAGUGUGCCCGCUAUGAAGCCUUGGCCAAGAUUAUGAUACACUCCGAAGAGUUUUUCAAGUUCUUCCGCUAUGUGGAGGUGUCCACCUUCGAUAUUGCCUCGGAUGCGUUUUCCACCUUUAAGGAACUGUUGACGCGUCAUAAAUUGCUGUGUGCCGAAUUCUUGGAAGCCAACUAUGACAAGUUCUUUACACAGCACUAUCAGCGUCUUUUAAAUUCGGAGAAUUAUGUUACCAGACGCCAAUCCCUUAAGCUAUUGGGUGAACUGCUAUUGGAUCGUCAUAAUUUUACCGUCAUGACACGGUACAUUUCGGAACCGGAAAAUCUCAAAUUAAUGAUGAACAUGCUCAAAGAGAAAUCCCGUAAUAUACAAUUUGAGGCCUUCCAUGUUUUUAAAGUGUUUGUGGCCAAUCCCAACAAACCCAAGCCCAUACUUGACAUCCUGCUACGUAAUCAAUCGAAACUGGUCGAUUUUCUUACCAACUUCCAUACGGAUCGUUCAGAGGAUGAACAAUUCAACGAUGAGAAGGCGUAUUUGAUUAAACAAAUCAAAGAAUUAAAACCUCUGCCUGAGGCUUAGUCGGUUUAAGACCGACCGUAACAGCAAACAUCAACAUCAAGCAAAAAACAAAACAACUACAACUUCAAGUAAACAACAACAAAAAAUAUCCUAUUUAAAUAUUAAAGAAAAAAAUGCCAAAAUGCAUAGAAACGAUGGUAAAAGCGAAGACGUUAGAACUGCAUACAAAAAAAAUUAACAAAAAAGGAAAAUUAACAACGGGAAAAAUCUAAGCAGCAGGAGUCGUUGGAUGUUUAAAGGCGGCCCAAACAAAAAAGAUCACUUGCUAAGGAGAUAACAAAACCAAAAGACUGCUUGGCAGCCGAGUUUGGUUUUUUUUAACAUAAAAGAACUUUAAACAUAGUAAUAGUUUUUCUAGUAGUUUAUCAAAAUAUUAAAAAAAUAACGUGUUAAAAUAAUGCGUUACCGAAAC